AUGAAGGCUGUCUUUGCCUCCUUGGCCGCCACAGCUUCGAUGGUGGCAGCUGCCCCUCAGCAGCUGGGCGCUCGUGACUCGAUUACACCCAUCACCGUGAAGGGAAAUGCUUUCUUCCAAGGCGACAACCGAUUCUAUGUCCGCGGAGUUGAUUAUCAGCCUGGCGGUUCUUCCAAGCUCGUCGACCCUCUUGCUGACGCGAACACCUGCCAGCGAGACAUUGCCAAGUUCACCGACUUGGGACUUAACACCAUCCGUGUAUACUCGGUCGACAACUCCGCUGACCACGAUGACUGUAUGAAUGCUUUGGCAGACGCGGGCAUCUACGUCGUCCUGGAUGUCAACACCCCCAAAUAUUCAUUGAACCGCGCCGACCCGUCAACUUCUUACAACGACGUCUACCUGCAGAAUGUUUUUGCAACGGUGGAGAUGUUUGCCAAGUAUGACAACACCCUCGCUUUCUUCUCAGGAAACGAAGUUAUCAACGACGGCCCUUCAUCCAAGGCUGCUCCCUAUGUCAAAGCCGUCACUCGCGACAUUCGCCAAUAUAUUCGGUCUCGAAAUCUGCGCACCGUCCCUGUUGGCUACUCUGCGGCUGACAUCGAUACCAACCGUCUUCAAAUGGCCGAAUAUAUGAACUGCGGCUCUGAUGACGAGCGAAGUGACUUCUUCGCCUUCAACGACUACUCCUGGUGCGAUCCGUCUUCGUUCACUACAUCUGGUUGGGACCAGAAAGUGAAGAACUUCACCGGCUAUGGACUUCCUUUGUUCCUUUCGGAGUACGGCUGCAACACCAACAAGCGCCAGUUCCAAGAAGUUGGCUCUUUGUACAGCACCCAAAUGACAGCCGUCUACUCUGGUGGACUGGUCUAUGAGUAUUCUGAAGAAGGAAGCGACUAUGGUCUUGUGACUCUUAAUGGUAAUAACGUUACGGAAAAGGACGAUUAUACUGAGCUCAAGAAUGCUCUCAAGCAGACCGCAAACCCACAGGGGGAUGGUAAUUACAAUUCCACAGGUGGCGCCAACGGCUGCCCUGCAUCAGAUGCUCCAAACUGGGAUGUCGAAAAUGACGAUCUUCCAGCCAUUCCACAACCUGCACAGAAAUACAUGACCGAAGGUGCCGGCAAGGGCCCUGGAUUUUCUGGGUCUGGAAGUCAAGACCAAGGUGUCCAAUCUACAGGAACUGCGACUCCUGGUUCCGGAUCUGCGGCCACUACUUCAGGUUCAUCCUCAACCUCUAGCGGAGCUGCUCAGAGUCUUCACGCUCCGAAGAUUACCUUCGCUCCUGUGGACCUUGGCGCGGGGGUGCCCGAUAAGGCUAAUACACAAUUUCUUCUCACACGUCUGUUUCAGGUGUUUAGGACGCACAAUACGAAGAAGAGCAGAGAAAACAUGUCUAUCCGCGAGACAACCUCCGAUAUCGAGAGCGAACCAUGUACUAAAGAUGAUGCAUACAUCAAGACACAGUACUCAACAGACGUGCCGAGCGCCGCUGGGAUCUUAGAGUCCUUGCACUCGUCAUCACACGCGAUUUCGCAUGUGAUUGAUCACAAAGCUGAGCGUGCCCUCUGUCGCCGAUUUGAUUUUCGGCUGCUGCCAAUCCUGGCUUUUAUGUACCUCUGCAAUGCACUCGACAAAGCCAAUUUGGGAAAUGCUCAGACCGAUGGAAUGGGCAUUGAUUUGGGCAUGAGUGGCAGCCAGUACAAUCUACUGCUCUCCAUUUUCUUCGUCCCUUAUGUCAUUUUUGCGCCGCCGAUUGCCAUGCUGGGCAAGCGGCUCAGUCCGGCCAAAGUGAUAUCUGGGAUGAUGUUCAGUUUUGGCGUUUUCACCCUUCUCUCCGCUUCAGUAUCCAACUUCUCGGGUCUGUUUGCUUUGCGAUGGUUCCUAGGCAUGUCUGAAGCUGCCUUUUUCCCGCUUGUAAUUUACUACCAGACAACUUUUUACCGCCGUGCAGAACUGGGCAGACGCCUGGCCAUCUUCUACGCUGCUUCCAAUAUCGCCAGUGCCUUUUCGGGACUGCUUGCUUUUGGAGUCUUUCAGAUCAAAAACUCUUCUUUGCAAGGCUGGCGGUAUUUGUUCCUGAUUGAGGGCUCUUUCACCGUCUGCUUCUCCUUGUUUGCCUUCUUCUACCUGCCACGGAGUCCGCAGGAGGCGCGGUUUUUGAGCGAAGAUGAGAAGAAGCUUGCUUUUCACCGAAUCCAGGUUGACUCUUCUGCUGUGGUGAAUGAAGAGUUCAAUCUGCGCCAUGCACUCGGUAUCCUCAAACGACCCACCACUCAUGCGUUCUUUAUUAUUGAGAUAUGUCUCGGUGUGCCGUUACAAGGGGUAUCGCUUUUUCUGCCUCAGAUCGUCUCUCGUCUGGGUUAUUCCACCGUCAAGACAAACCUCUACACGGUCGCGCCGAACGUGACUGGCGCUGUGAUGUUGCUUAUCCUGGCAUUCUCAUCUGAUGCGACUCGUGUGCGAUCGGUGUUUAUUGUGCUGGGCUUCGUAUUCACUUUAGUCGGAUUUAUUAUCUAUGCAGCUAUCAACGACGUGAACACUCAUAUCCAGCUCGCCUACUAUGCCUGCUUCAUGAUGACCUGGGGCACAUCAGCCCCCUCUGUGCUGCUGACUACCUGGUACAACAACAACGUAGCUGACGAGGGGCAACGUGUGCUAUUGACAAGCAUAGGCGUCCCGCUGGCCAAUCUUAUGGGCCUAGUGUCUAGCAACGUGUUUCGCAGUCAAGAUGCGCCCAAAUACAUGCCUGCUCUGGUUACGGUGGCUGCAUUUGGGGGCACUGGAGCUCUUAUAUCCGCGCUUUUGGGUGUUUAUAUGUGGUUCGAUAACGCGCGCCGUGAUCGCCGGGCUGGUCGGAAGAUUCAUGCUUGCGAUGUGCCGACGGAGCGUUUGCGGGAUGGGCCUAAGACGGAGGAAUUUAGAUGGUUUUUAUGA